UCAUUCAGUUUUUAGACUUGGCAGAGUGCUGAUCUCGCGUGGAUUAAAUAAAAUAUUCAAAUAAAAUUUAACCAAAUAUAAUCAAAAGAUGUGCGGGAUAUUUUCCAUAUUUUCGAGGGAUGGUGAACCGAUUCCUUCACAAAUUCUUAAUGGCAGCAAACACAGUUUAAGAGAAUUGGCUUAUCGGCAAAGUGGAAAGCAACGGCAUCGGGGUCCAGAUUCCACCGGAGUAUACGUGAUUCCGUCGGAUGGAGUGGCCAUGGUUCAUGAACGCCUGAGAAUCGUGGGCGUGGAAAUGGGCGAUCAACCUUUUGUCUCUGAAGAUGGUAACCUUAUCCUGGUGGCCAACGGAGAGAUCUACAACUAUCUGGAACUUUCGGCUGAAAUAGCGAAAAAACGUGGCUCUUACAAACCGAAAAGCGAUUGCCAUGUAAUACUGGAACUAUACCAGGAUUAUGGCAAGGAUCUGCUGCAAUACAUCACCGGAAUGUUUGCUUUCGCUUUGUACGAUCGAAGGACCAAGGAAGUCCUUCUGGCCCGAGAUCCCUUCGGCAUAAUACCCAUGUAUGUGGGUGAGGAUGUGGCCGGAAACCUUUGGGUCGCCUCUGAAAUGAAGUGCCUGGUUGAUACAUGUUCCAAAGUAGAAACCUUUACGCCUGGGGAAGCCCGUUUUGGUAAAGUUGGUGACCUGAAAACCUGCUGGCAGUUUGAACAACCUUGGAUCAAGGAGGUGCCCACCCAAUCCUGUGAUCUAUCCCUGCUUCGAGCCAAUUUGGAGUCCGCGGUUCGCAGUCAUCUACAAUGCGAUGUCCACCUAGGAGCUCUACUAUCUGGAGGAGUGGAUUCUAGUCUUAUAGCCUCUAUAGCCACGAAGAUAAUGCGGGAAAGGGAUCCAAAUUUCCGAUUGAAAACUUUCUCCGUAGGCUUGAAGGAUGCACCCGAUUUCCAGGCCGCCAGAAGUGUGGCGAAAUAUAUAGACAGCGAUCACAAGGAGAUUAUCUUCGAGAUCGAUGAAGCUCUUGAUGGCAUACGAGAUAUUGUUUACCACCUGGAAACCUAUGAUGUCACCACAGUGCGAUGCAGUUUGCCCAUGUUACUACUUGCUAGAUAUAUCAAGAGCACGGGUAUCAAGAUGAUACUCUCUGGAGAAGGAGCAGAUGAGAUCUUUGGUGGAUAUUUGUAUUUCCACAAAGCACCGAACUAUAAGGAUUUCCACGAAGAAUUAGUAAAACGAGUGCGCCAGUUGCAUUUAUCCGACUGUUUGAGGGCCAACAAAGUGUCCAUGGCCAAGGGAGUUGAGCUGCGAGUACCGUUCCUGGACACAGGAUUUGUUAACCAUGUGAUGCAAAUCCGACCGGAGGAUAAGAUACCGGGACCUUUAAACAAAUUUGGAGGAGAACGACAGAAAAGUUUGGAGAAAUAUGUCCUGCGAGCUGCCUUUGCGGAUAACUAUCUGCCAGAUGAGGUCCUUUGGCGGCAAAAGGAACAGUUUUCCGAUGGUGUGGGUUACGAUUGGAUCGACAGCAUCCGAAAGGUGGCAACCAGUCAUGUAAGCGAUCAGGAAUUCGCCGGAGCCGCUCUACGGUUUCCCUUCAACACGCCCACCACCAAAGAGGCCUUCUAUUAUCGCUGUAUUUUCGCUGAACAAUUUCCCGGAGAAUCUGCAGCCAGAACCGUUGUGAGAUGGGUGCCACGACUAGAUUGGGGCUGUCCGGAGGAUCCAUCUGGACGGGCUCAAGCCGUUCACCAGGUCAACAAAGACUGAUAAGACCUUAAUUAAGUUAGUUUAGUCUGAAAAUUCCAAUCAGAAUUGGCUGCGACUUGAUCAAUAAAUUUCUUUAAUUGGUAGUCAACUCGAAA